AAAUGGCCACCGUUAUUAUUACGUUCUUUCUAAUCAUAAGAUUUUAUGUUCGUAAAAUGGACGCCGAUAGUUUGGAAACGCUUAGGGAAGGAAACUCGCAUCAGCGAGUAAAACGGUGGAGUAUGAACUCUCAAAGAUUGGAAGAAAUCGUGGCGGAGUUGAUGAAACCUAUUAGUGAUGUUCGCCGCAGUUUCGAUACAGACCUUUGUGCGCUUUUAGAAGAGUACCUAACAGAGGCGGGUCUCCGUGCGCUAGAGGCGAGUGAAGGUGACGGUUCCGGUGAGGAAAUUGAUGUGGUCCCCAACUUUGCAGAGCUGGCCCUAGUCCUGCAGCACUCCGCAAGUGUGUAUGGAAGGAAGGUGGAUUACCUUUAUCAACAUGUUCUACGAGUUAGUGACUCCUUACAUAACAGUGUCGGGGAAUCAGUCAGUUCCGGAGAGGAACCGCAGACACCGAACACAAGCCGUCGCAAGCGGAAAGCGUCAAUAAACAAUGAGUUUAGUACCAUAGAGCUGGAGGAAUGUCCCGGCUGCAGGCGGGAGCUGGACGUGUCCCGACCUCCGCCCACGUUACCCCGCCUGUACCUGCAGCUGGAGCCCCGCGCACCCACUGCAUAUGAUGCACAACUCCUCGACUACGAUGGAGAACCUAUCGGCAUGCUUGCUGAUCUACAUGUCACUUGGAGAUUACAGAACGGUUUCCUUGUCGACGAUCUAGCAGAACCGCCCAUAGACAAUGAAUCUAUAGGAGCUACUCAGCGCCCUCUAACUCUGACAGAACUACAGACAGAGUUUGACAAUGGUGCACCACCAGAUUCACCGCCACGUUGUUCCACACCAUUACCCAUCACCAAUGGAGAUGUCAAGGAUGAACAUGAUGAGGAACCAAGACCUAUGGAUAUGCUGGAUCUCUCACCGAUACUGGAUGAACCGGCCAAGAAGAAGCUGAAGAGAAAAAGGAAUAUGUCGGAUGAUGUUGUCAGCAUUUCUGUUACAUUGGUAAUAAGUGAUGAACAAAAACGUAGAAAUCGUGAAGAGCAUGAGUUCAGUUUACCGGACAAGUGGAUAACAAGAGUGAUAGAUAAACGGAAGAAACGAGCUCUUAUCGUGCGCAAAGAAUUAUUAGCACAUGAACCUAGACCACCUAAUUUAGAAUUUCGAGGCAUUUUAGACCCUAGAGAUAUUGAAGGGUUUCUCGGCUGGACUAAAUCAGAGAUAGCGGCCGCGCUGCUGGCUGCCAAACGUCCCGACGAAUCUGAUGAUGACGGCUUCUUCGAGCAGAGCUUCUUCGCUGAGUCGCCCACCGGUGAUAGACCAUCGCAUAUUUCACAACGUCAGAACUCAAGUGAGUCGGGCACGGAUCAGACGGACUGGCAGUCAUGGCGCGCGGAAGUGGUGCGCCGCGCCGCGCUCAGCGAGGGCAGAGUCGUCGACAUACAGGCCUCCGCCGCGGUGCUGCUCAAGCACGUGCAGCAGUCCCAGCACGCGCAGACACAGCACGGCCAGGACCAUGACCUCGUGCAUUGCGACAGACUCCUCAGCAUUGCUAAAGAACAAACUGAUGUCUCCAAGUUGUUCUUUGCAACGCUUUUCCUGGCUAAUGCUGGCAACAUUGAAAUGGUGCAAGGUCCACCAAUGACAACAAACUCUUUCUCAGUGCGUCUGUUGUCGACGGACGAGCGGCUGUACCGCACUGUGAUGCAGCAAAACUCGGAGCAACCGCUCCCACGGUGAAGUGAUAAAAUACUGUGCGUUAUGAAGAACAAUGGAUGAUGAAGGUUGACAGUGCAUCAUGAACAUUUUAAUGUGUGUGAGAACGCUCAAAUACAUGUGUUGUGUUUUGUGAGUUCUAAAAGCUAAAGAUUGUGUUGGGUAACUAAAUUCAAGCACAAUGGGACCAGAAUAUGAAUUUUGGGUGUUAUGGAAUUAUUGGUAAAGUUUCUGGAAAUCUGUGCCAUAAAUGUUUUGUAAAUAUUACGAAGUACAAUGUGUUCUGAAAUGUAUCAUCUGUAAGCGUAACUUCGA